CCUGGUGCUUCCACUCCCCGUGCAAAAGGAGCCCAGGCCGUGUGAGGUCUACAGAGGAAGGCACUGGAAGGGGCAGGAAUAGUUGGGACACUGAACCGCGGCGCUCAGCUCCCGGAGAGAAGUCAGCACCUUCCUCUGCCUCAGGCGUGGCGCCGGCCCUCCCGCAUGUCCCCGUGGCCCGGACCGCAGAAGUGCUGGUGUUUCUAUCAAAGGCUUCGAGGCUGUGGAGGCUGAAGCCGGGCGCGUGGGAACCCCUGACAUGAGCCGCUGGGCAGUCCUGGGGCUGCCGGGCUCCUGCGGCCUGCAUGCCCGGGGUCCGUCUGGGCUUCCCUACCCUGGGAGCAGGCCCCGCGGUAGGUCGCCUCCUCUAGGGACUCCCAGGACCCCCUGCUUGCAGCUCUGCUGGCUUAUGCACGUGGGGUCUGUUUUCCAUUGGUGGGCAGGCUCUGGGGGUGAGGACCCUGCCUCGUUCCCCCCGGGGGGCGUUAGUAUCUACGACAGUCCCCGACACAGGUAGACAUUCAGGGAGCAUUGGCAAACAGGCCCGUCCCCCCCCCCCCCAGUGAAGGUCUGUCCUGGCAGCUGGAUGAAGGGUGACCUUGACCUCAGCAUGGGGGCCUUGGGACUGGAGUGUGCAGUGAGGGGGGGGUGCCCACGAGCUGGGCUUGGCGGAGGGCAGGACCGUGGCGCGCAGAGGGGCCAGGGUGAGGAGGGUUGGAACUGGGCCGUGGGAGCCCUGAGGAAGGGGGUGCAAGAGGAGAGCCCCAAAGCCGCUGGGGUCCCAGCGCCUCAAGUGACAUCCACGUGUCCACGGAGGGGAGCUUCCGGCCCCCCGGCUCCCUGUGCACUCCAGCCCCCAUGAGGUGGGGGGUCACCCAGGGGCCCGUCUUGGGGCCCGCGGGGCACAGGGCUCCGCCGGAGCAGCAGCAGCGGAGGGUGCCUGGACGUUUGCUGCCACCAAGUGGUAGGCUGGGGGCUCGCCGGCGAGAGCCCCCCAGCCAGAGUCUCCCGGAGCCCCCACAGGCCCUCCCCUAGAGGCCUAGAGGCCCCUCCCCGCCUUGGCUGGCCACCUGGACCUUGUUGCCUCACUUUCCCCCCCCCUUAAUUUAAAAAAACCCAGGUUCCUCCCUUUAUUAGGAAAACUCGAUGGUCCUAAGGAGGCUAGUCCCUUUCUCCGCCUGGACUGAGAGGGAAGCUGAGGGUCUGAGCUGACUCCUGCGGGGGGAGGUGGGAGAGCCAGGGCCGGCCCAGGCGAUGGGGCAGGUGGGCUUUAACUGAGGGUGGCUGCCGGGGGCGGAUGCGGAGGGGCCCCUGGCCUGACUUCAUGUACAGUUUCUCCUCCCAAACCUCUGCAGACCCCAAACCUACCGGGGGGGCAGCGCGAGAUGGGUCCCCCCACGCCCCUCUGCAGCUGGAAAUCAGUUCCCUCAGUCCCACCUCUGGUUAGAGGAGGGACCCCUGGCCUCAGUCUCCCCAAAUGUUGAGUGGCCGCGCGGGGCCCCUCCCGGAGGACGGAGGCGAGUGCGCGCGGCCGUGGGCGGAGCUGCUGCGCGCUGCGAGAGCGGAUCUGAACCCCGACGGAGAGCUGCCGCCGCUGCCCGCCUUCCCCGACCCGGAAUCUGGACGCGGUCCCGAGCGUGCCGCGUCCCCCGAGGUGUUCAGCGUGGGACCCCACACCUUUUCCUGGACGCCCUUCCCACCGGCCCCGAGCGGAGGCGGGGGCUCAGGCCGUUGCUACAAGCUGCUCCUUGGGGCCGGGGGGCGCCUGGGGUCCCCCGCCCGGUCCCCGCAGCGAUGUCUGGGGCCUGAGCCCCGAGGGACCCCCGGCGCCCGGGAGCGACGGUGGGAGGCGGCGCCGACCCUGCGGACCUGCCCCAUGUGCCAGACCGACUUCGCCCCCGGGCUGGCCCAGCUGGACAUCGACAACCACCUCGCUCAGUGCCUGGAGGAGAGUGCAGAGGACGUGGUGUGGUGACUGACCUGACUCCACCUGCCAAACCGUUUUGGAAGCUGCCUAUUAAAAAACGUGUCUGUGUGGACAGCUGGCGUUGUAGGUAGUUCGUCUUGAGGCCGAAACACAGGAUCCUUUCUGGCUUUCGGGAAGCGGGGUGCUUUCCUGGAGUCAGAAAUGGGCAGAGCCCCUCGGCGGGCGGACCCAGGCCCGCGCAGAUGAGCGGAGACUCUCGCGAGCAAACUAGGCAUCUGUCCCAAAGUCGGCCAUGUCUACAGACAGGUGGAUGGGCGGGGGGCAGUGCAUUCUCCCACCUCCGCGGACUCCGCUCACACCGUGUUUUAAUUCCCGGAUGAACUUGUUCCUUGCACGGCGCAGACUGCUACAGGGUGAAGAGAAUCACUGUGAGGCACCCCGGACCUCGCUGACGGGCAGUGUCUCCUCCAGUGGGGAACUUCAGGGCAGGGAACGGGCCAGGCGCCACCGGCAGUGGGCGGGCCGGUCUGCCAGAACAUUCUGCACCAGCCCUGUGUUCGGGCUUCCAGGGCAAGUGGAAAAUGGGGCACGAGACCGUAUAGGGAGUUUUCCUUCCGGUGCUGGUGGCCCACGGGCUCUGGUGACCUCUUCGUCCCCACCACAGCCACGUGGCUGUAGAGCGCCGGCAGCGGGAAGCGGGUCACACAAGCCAUGGAAAGACCAC